ACGUCACCAGUACUAUGUCACAGCAUCAGGGCUUGUCGUUAACGCCCCCCUCGGCCCUGAUCAGGAAGUGAAUCUGUGGGAAAUAGAAAAACGGUCCCUAGAAUGACAUAGAAGCGGGUGAGGUGGGGUUGACCGAGACACCGGGACUAACGCAGGACUCGACACCUAUUUGGCUUCACCCAGGUGCAAAAGCACGUUAUCUUUGGAAGGCAUAAAAGCACCGGAGAAAAUGCUGAUUAAAGAAUUUCGAGUGAUCCUACCGAUUUCUGUGGAGGAGUAUCAGGUCGGGCAGCUGUACUCAGUAGCGGAGGCCAGUAAGAACGAGACGGGUGGAGGAGAGGGCGUUGAGGUCCUGAAGAACGAACCAUACGAGAAGGAUGGAGAGAAGGGACAGUACACACACAAAAUCUACCACCUGCAGAGUAAAGUCCCGUCAUUUGUACGGAUGCUUGCACCAGCGUCAGCACUGAACAUUCAUGAGAAAGCUUGGAACGCCUACCCAUACUGCCGUACAGUAAUUACUAAUGAGUAUAUGAAAGAGAACUUCCUCAUCAAGAUCGAGACGUGGCACAAACCCGACAUGGGACAGCAGGAAAAUGUUCACGGUCUAGACCCAGACACCUGGAAGAAGGUGGAGGUGGUGUACAUAGACAUCGCAGACCGGAGUCAGGUGGAGCCAAAGGACUAUAAACCAGAUGAAGACCCGACUAAGUUUAAGUCUGUAAAGACUGGAAGAGGGCCGCUCGGUCCGGAUUGGAAGAAAGAGCUACCUAAAAGGACCGACUGCCCACACAUGUGUGCCUACAAACUGGUUACUAUCAAGUUCAAGUGGUGGGGCCUGCAAAACAAAGUGGAAAACUUUAUUCAAAAGCAAGAGAAGCGCUUGUUCACUAAUUUCCACCGGCAGCUGUUCUGUUGGAUUGAUAAAUGGAUCGAGCUGAACAUGGACGACAUCCGCAGAAUGGAGGAAGAGACCAGGAGGGAACUGGAUGAGAUGAGAGUGAAGGAUCCAGUGAAAGGCAUGGUGGCUCUUGAAGACUGAAGCUGCUGUGUGUUCCUGGAUGCUGCGGUUCAGAAAGAUCAGACCUGAACUACUGGAGACCAGCAGCAUCACUCCCCUCAAUCAAAUCAAAGCAACAUGUCUUUUUAAUCGUAAUCAAAGUCCUUCAUCCAGCUCUUUUGGUGCAGUUUGUCCUGAGCAACCUUCAUAUCCUCCUUUCAGUCUGACAGUGGAGCACACUGACUAGUUAAAUAAGCUAUUAUUCCAGUUCUAAUAUCAUGCCCAGUUUAUGAAGUCUACCUACUUAAACAAUUACAGGGACGAUCAGCAGUUCGUCAUUUAUGAUGUCAGAUCAUUACCUUAAUAAGUGGAGCUCGGCAGAUUUGUGUUUUAAGAUGAGUUUAAUAUAAAGCAGAUGAUAUUUGUGUGUGUGUAUAUUCAGAAUAUCUACUGGCAGUUGAAUUAUUGUGACAGAUGUAUAAACAGGGUUAAGUAAUUAUUCUUCUUAUUUUUUUUUUUUGUGUGUGGACCAAGCCAGUUUUCCUUGUUUUGUUCCAAUCUGUAGUGAUUUGUUUUAAUUUCAUUUUAGCCAUUUUUUAACCUAUUUACCAGCUGAUCCAAGGUGUAAGUGUGUCUCUUUAUAGUGUAGUAGGCUACUGUACAAUCACAGUCGUGUCAGCCUGGCCAUUAAUUUAUUUGUAACAUGGAUUAUGGACUGCAAGUACAGUUCAUAUUUAAAUGCAAAACCCAGUUUAUUAUAAUCAGCUGAUCGAACAGUAUCACAUGUUUGAAAUAAGCUCAAGUUAAAAGUAUUCUUGUUUGUUAAUCAGUCAAUAUGAAUGGUUUCAUUGUCAUUUCUUCCAGUUUCCUUGUGUGUGCUAUUUUAGUCAAGUUAUUAUUAUUAUUAUAAUUUUUUUUAAUAAAAAAGACAGGUGUACAGUAGCUGUAGCUCGCCCUUCCCUUGGUUGUUUUUGAUUGGUUUACAAGAUCAGGCCCCUCCCUUUUCUUUAGUCAGCGACUGACUGACUGUCUUUGAAAGAACUUGAAGAGGCGACACUAAACCAUUUAGUCUUGACAUCUUUCUUAAAAGGUCUAUUAUUAAUAUAGAAACCUUUUUUUUUCCUGACUAUUUUGUCGCCACCAGAUGAGGUGCUCAAGGAGGAUAUUUUACGUUAUGCACAUAUUUUAUAAAUGUAAAAUUAUUUUCGUCUCACCUCCUUUCCAUUUUAUUAAAGGAUCGAUUACCGUACUUCCCCUUUUAUAACAUGUCUUGAGGAUAAAGACACAUUUAUCCAUAUAUUAGCAAUAAUACCUCCUUUGAAAAAACCUUCCAAUGAACAUGAUGUGAGAUAGUGACUUUAGAAGUGUAUAAUCCAUUCCCUCUCCGAAUGUUGCGUCAUUAGGACUUUAAUACAAAUAUAUUCUCACUUCCAAUCGCUCCUAGUAUUAUUGAUUUGGAAUCGGGUAAGGAAGGUGAAAUAGAUUGAGUAUGGGUUUUUAAAUCAGUCUUUUCUUAGUAAAGUGAUGUGUGUAUGGAUGUAUGUUCGUCUGAACUUCUCAGUGUUUCUUGUUUUCGCGUGAGGGACAUUCGACAUGUAAUUACAAUGAAGGUUUACACCCUUGUGUUUCUUUCCGCCAAUGCUCAGGACCCAUUAAUGCACACCUAAAUUCACUCUGACGAGAGUUAAAUUAUUCUUGUAGAAUUACAUCGAAUUCUUUGAAAUUCGUAGCAAUUACAUUGAAUUCUUAAGAGAUGAAUGCAAGUUUUAUGGUGUAGACUGCGCGUGGUAAAACAUCUUUACCGUCAUAAAACAACCAUCGAUACACCAGAAUUGUGUUGGUCCUGAGUCUAAUCAAAGUGAUGUAUGGAUGUAUGUAUUGAAUUGUAUAUAGUAUAUACAGUUUUGUUCAAAAUAAUAGCAGUACAAUGUGACUAACCAGAAUAA